AAUGUUGUGAUGUUUGAUUGUAAGAAAAAACAACAAAUAUUGAAGUGCCACACCAUUUUUACACUUCUUCUAACAAGGUGACAGUUUAAUACAUUGUAUUAGUACUUUUGUAGGGCCAAACUGACAAUCAUGACUUUAUGUUUUAUAAACAUUGUGGUCCCUCCCUCUUUAGAGAGGCCAAAGACUAAAGGUAACUCCAUAAAGUCAAACCCAGUUUUAUGAUUCCUCCUGAUAGUCAUAAUCAGCAGAUAUGGAAUCCAAAUCCCAGCUCAGCUAUUAAGCUGCUGUGUCACAGAUUAGCAGAGAUCUAUACAGACACUCCACAGCACAGUGAGGUAGAAGUCACAGUGUUGACGGGUAAAUUUACAUUUAAUCCUAAGGAGGGCAUAGACAACCCAGUCAUGGUGAUCACAGAUGAUGGAGAAUCUGUGAAGCCGUCGGGCCCACGUCUGUGUGUUCUUACAAAAGAAGAGGGGCAGUCCUAUGGAUUUCAUUUGCGGGUGGAGAGGGGUCGCCAGGGUCACAUUAUAAAAAAUGUGGUGUCUCUGGGGUCGGCAGACCGUGGUGGCCUUCAGAAUGGUGACAGGCUGUUGGAAGUAAACAAUUGUUUUGUCGAUGAUGUUCCUCAUCCUGAGGUGUCCAGGAAGAUAAAACUCAGUGGACCCCAGUUAUGUGUAUUAGUUUUGGAUGGGGAGGCGUAUGAGAAGGCUGUGUUACAAGGAGAAGACCUGAGAGAUCUGGUCAAAACUUACAAAUACGGAGACUACAAACCACCCAGACUUUGUCACAUCACCCGAAAUCUUGUCUCAGGCUUGGGCAUCAGCUUCACACCUGUGGAAGGUGAGAAAGGGCGCUUCUCUGUUAGCCUGGUGAUCGGAGGAGCAGCUGAAAAGGCAGGAGUGUUGAAGGGGGAUCGACUAGUGUGGAUGAAUGGAGCACCAGUGUCUGAGCUCUCCCCCUCGGCACUCAACAGGAUGCUGAAAACAUGUGGCAAUCACAUCACAGUUCUGGUGAUUGACAGUGAAAGUGAGAAGAAAUACAUACAACACGGGAUCCCUAUCCUACCCUCCAUGGCUGCUUCACACAAUCUACCUUUCAAAGCCCGAAAAGUCCAUCUGGUUUCUGGGCCUGAGGGCUAUGGCUUCGUCCUUCGACUGGAGAAGACAUAUUCAGGACUCAAGUAUCAUGUAUUGCAUAUAGAUAAAGGCAGUCCAGCAGGACUGGCAGGUUUGCAGGACGGAGAGUUGCUGCUGGAGAUAAAUGGAGAGACAGUGCAAACACUAACCCAUGAAGAAGUUCUUGCCCAAGUGAAACAGGAAGGACAUCAAAUCUGUCUGACAACCAUCACUUCCCGAGGCCUGGAAUUUUACACAAAGCUUGGCCUGUCACCUCUUCUCUUCUGUGAUAACAUUGCUGAGAGAAUUGAACCAGUCCUUGAAGCAGAGCAGUCAUCCAAGGAAGUAGCAGAUCAAAUUAAAGUUUGUGCUCUCCAUAAAGGACCAUUGGGGUUUGGCUUCAACCUGGGUUGCUUCCCACACAGCCCUGGGAUCUUCAUCACCCAGGUGGUGGUUGGUGGUCCAGGUCAGAAUGCAGGACUAGUUAUGGGUGAUGUCGUGGUAGAAGUAAAUGGCCAAAAUGUUGAGGGGAACUGUCUGGAAGAUGUUAUUAUGCUUAUGAAGCAGGGAGGACACUUUCUUUCAUUAUCCGUCAUGGAGAAGACCAGCUAUGAAAAUAUGAAGCAGACUGUAAGACCAACAAGAGAUAUCCCUAAGCAUGAAGACGAUGACCAAGAGAUUACUUAUUUAUGAGCAAUCAAGAUGCACAUUUCCAUAGAUCUCCCUUCUCCCAUCAUGUACAUUUGCCAAGGAGACUUCAACCCAACGUUGAUAAGGUUUCCACAGUGUGUUCAAAGGACAAAUAAAAAGAGAACUGUAUUUGUGACUGUACUAUACAUUAAAGAGUUUCUUCCAUGAAUGACUUGAAUUGUUAAAUCAUUGCCCCGUUCUUAUAAAUGUUUUUCAUUCAAAGAGAUUGUGUACAUAGGACAGUAACAUUUUCUGCGUUUUCUUGUGUAAAUGGUCAAAUACUUCUACAAAUAUUUCUACUAUUGCUUUAAAAUAUUUACAUUCAAACUAACCCUAAUGUUCACACAGGGCCAGUUAAACUCACUAUUUCGUAAGACAACAUGACUGUUUCCACAUAUGUAUUUGUUUGUAUAAAAAAUAUAUAGAAUAAUGUCAUUAUAUAUGCUGUUU